AUGCCGCCGUGACUCAGCGCUUCUCGCGGGCCGCCCGGCCGCGGCGGCGGCGGCUAGGCGCGGGCUCCUCCCGCCUCGCCACCCCCUCUCGCCACCCACGCCCGCCCCCGGCCGCGGGGCCUUCCGUCGCACGGCCGCCGCCCGCCGCACUCCGCGUCCGCCCCGCCACCGUGCCAGCCAUGGAGCCCCGAGCCCCCCGCCGCCGACACACCCACCAGCGCGGCUACCUGCUGACGCGGGACCCGCAUCUCAACAAGGUGAGCCCUGCGGCCCCGAGAGCCGCCCUGUGCCCGCAGCCGGCCGGCCGCUGGGCCGCNGGGACCUGCGUGUCACCGAGGGGACCGUCCCACCCGGGAGGCCACUGUGGAGCCGGCGCCCUCGCCCCUCAGCAUCCCGAUGCGGGACCCCGGGGAGCGAUGUUGGCUGCAGAUCUGCUUGUGNCCCAUCNCCACAGGUAUCUCCUGUUAAUGGACCUGCAGGACAGAAAUGAGAAGCUCUUCUACAGCGUGCUCAUGUCUGAUGUUGAAAAGUUCAUGCCUAUUGUUUACACCCCCACCGUGGGCCUCGCAUGCCAGCAGUACAGUUUGGCAUUCCGGAAGCCAAGGUAUGGAACUUGUGCUAUUGUGGUAACUGAUGGAGAGCGCAUCCUUGGCUUGGGAGACCUUGGCUGUAAUGGGAUGGGCAUCCCUGUGGGUAAACUGGCCCUGUACACGGCAUGUGGAGGGGUGAACCCACAACAGUGUCUACCCAUCACUUUGGACGUNGGAACAGAAAAUGAGGAGUUACUUAAGGAUCCACUGUACAUCGGACUGCGGCACCGGCGAGUCAGAGGCCCUGAGUACGACGCCUUCCUGGAUGAGUUCAUGGAGGCAGCGUCUUCCAAAUAUGGCAUGAAUUGCCUUAUUCAGUUUGAAGAUUUUGCCAAUCGGAAUGCAUUUCGUCUCCUGAACAAGUAUCGAAACAAGUAUUGCACAUUUAACGAUGAUAUUCAAGGAACAGCGUCUGUUGCGGUUGCGGGUCUCCUUGCAGCUCUUCGAAUAACCAAGAACAAGCUCUCUGAUCAGACAGUGCUGUUCCAGGGAGCUGGAGAGGCUGCCUUGGGGAUUGCUCACUUGGUUGUUAUGGCCAUGGAGAAAGAAGGUUUAUCAAAGGAGAAUGCUAGAAAGAAGAUAUGGUUGGUUGACUCAAAAGGAUUAAUAGUUAAGGGUCGUGCUUCUCUCACAGAAGAGAAAGAGGUGUUUGCCCAUGAACAUGAAGAAAUGAAGAAUCUAGAAGCCAUUGUUCAAAAGAUAAAACCAACUGCCCUCAUAGGAGUUGCUGCAAUUGGUGGUGCUUUCACCGAACAAAUUCUCAAGGAUAUGGCUGCCUUCAACGAGCGGCCCAUCAUCUUUGCUUUGAGUAAUCCGACCAGCAAAGCCGAGUGCUCUGCAGAGCAGUGCUACAAGGUGACCAAGGGACGUGCAAUCUUUGCCAGCGGCAGUCCUUUUGAUCCAGUCACUCUCCCAGAUGGACGGACUCUGUUUCCUGGCCAAGGCAACAAUUCCUACGUAUUCCCUGGAGUUGCUCUUGGGGUGGUGGCCUGCGGACUGAGACACAUCGAUGAUAAGGUCUUCCUCACCACUGCUGAGGUCAUAUCUCAGCAAGUGUCAGAUAAACACCUNCAAGAAGGCCGGCUCUAUCCUCCUUUGAAUACCAUUCGAGACGUUUCGUUGAAAAUUGCAGUAAAGAUUGUGCAAGAUGCAUACAAAGAAAAGAUGGCCACUGUUUAUCCUGAACCCCAAAACAAAGAAGAAUUUGUCUCCUCCCAGAUGUACAGCACUAAUUAUGACCAGAUCCUACCUGAUUGUUAUCCGUGGCCUGCAGAAGUCCAGAAAAUACAGACCAAAGUCAACCAGUAACACAACAGCUAGGAUUUUUAACUUUAUUAGUAAAAUCUUGAAGUUUUCAUGAUUUUUAAGGGUCAGAAUCUUUUAUGAUGAUUCAUAGUGUGCUUAGAAUAAGGUGAUUUUAGUUUAAUAACAAACUCAUGGGAGUCUAUUAGGAUAAAUUUCACACUAGACGGUUUUGUUUUACUUACUGUGGAUAUUUAUGUUUUCUCUUGUGAUUAUUCUCUUUACGAAUUCUGUUUAAAAGCUACUGUACCUGCUGCUGAGAAAGUCCUCACUGAUAUGUAGGAAGCUAAUGGAAGACCCACAGUAGUAAUAAAUUAAUAUAGCAUAACUUGAUUACAUUAAA